CCCAGAUUUCUCCCAUAUUUAGCCUCCAAUCAGGUGGGCUUCCUGGAAUGCUCAGCACUUUAAGGCAGUGGUUUGGUGGCCCUGAGCUUGCAGGCUUCAAUUUACAAACAGAAAGCUUUGCACCUGCUCUGUGCAAGGGAAAAAUCCCUUGGGGAACUUGGGAGGGGCCAGAGACGCAGCUUCCACAGGCAGGCAACCUAGUAUCUAGUCCUCAGCUGCCGACAACCUGGGGUGCACAGACCAUACCAAAGAAAGCUUCUCCAGAGGCCAAGAGCACCCUUAACUAGGCUCUCAAGCUCACCUAGCUGUGGUUAUGUGCUCUGUUGGGCCUCUGUUGGCUUCCUGGGCUCGUGUCAGUGAGCGUGGAGCAGCUCUCUAAUUGUGAAACUCUUUGUUGGGGUCUCAAAGAACCUUGCCUGGCUGGGCAGCAGAAGAGAGGCAGAAAAUCAUUGCUGGUUUCAGUGCUCAUGAGCUCUCAAGAGCUUGUCUUUGAUUGGAGCUGGUGUGGACCGAACAACGGAUGCUGACCGUGGCCCCAGGACUCUGAAGCCAUCUGACUGGUGUCCUCAUUAGCAUGCUGAUGCCAUAGUCCCACAGAGAGCACCAGGAGAGCAUCUCUGAGGCUGCUUGACGUGACUGCUUGUCACCAUGGUGACAGCUUCAGAUGCUGGAAGAAGUGAAAGAAGCUGCAAAGAGCUUCCCUGGUCUCUCUGGGUGCUAGAGUCCACCGGUUAUUCCUUUGUCAGGUGAGAGGCCUGGAUGUACAUGGAGGAUGACCGAAAAAUCCAAUGGUGUGAAGAGCUCUCCAGCCAAUAACCACAACCACCACCCUCCGCCCUCUAUCAAGGCCAAUGGCAAAGAUGACCACAGGACAGGGAGCAGACCACAGUCUGUGGCAGCUGAUGAUGACACUUCCUCAGAACUGCAAAGGCUGGCGGAGAUGGACACCCCACAGAGGGGGAGGGGUGGCUUUCGAAGGAUUGCUCGCCUGGUGGGGGUCAUCAGAGACUGGGCCAACAAGAAUUUCCGUGAGGAGGAACCAAGGCCUGAUUCAUUUCUAGAGCGUUUCCGUGGGCCUGAGCUCCAGACCGUGACAACACAUCAGGGGGAUGGCAAAAGCGACAAGGACGGCGAGGGGAAAGGCACCAAGAAGAAGUUUGAACUGUUUGUCUUGGAUCCAGCUGGGGACUGGUAUUACCGCUGGCUGUUCGUCAUUGCCAUGUCUGUUCUUUACAACUGGUGCCUGUUGGUGGCCAGAGCCUGCUUCAGCGAUCUACAGAGAAACUAUUUUGUGGUAUGGUUGGUGCUGGACUACUUCUCAGACGCUAUCUACAUUGCAGACCUCAUCAUUCGACUGCGCACGGGCUUCCUAGAACAGGGGCUGCUGGUCAAAGACCCCAAGAAAUUGAGAGACAACUAUAUCCACACUUUGCAGUUCAAACUGGAUGUGGCCUCCAUCAUCCCCACAGACCUCAUCUAUUUUGCUGUGGGUAUCCACAACCCUGAGGUGCGCUUUAACCGUCUCUUACAUUUUGCGCGUAUGUUUGAGUUCUUUGACCGCACUGAGACACGCACCAGCUACCCCAACAUCUUCCGAAUCAGCAACCUGGUCCUCUACAUCUUGGUCAUCAUCCAUUGGAAUGCUUGCAUUUACUAUGCCAUCUCCAAAUCCAUUGGCUUUGGCGUUGACACCUGGGUUUACCCCAACAUUACUGACCCUGAGUAUGGCUACCUGGCUAGGGAGUACAUUUACUGCCUUUACUGGUCCACACUGACACUCACCACCAUUGGAGAGACACCACCCCCUGUAAAGGAUGAGGAGUACCUAUUUGUCAUCUUUGACUUCCUGAUUGGUGUCCUCAUCUUUGCCACUAUCGUGGGAAAUGUAGGCUCCAUGAUCUCCAACAUGAAUGCCACACGAGCAGAGUUCCAGGCCAAGAUUGAUGCUGUCAAACACUACAUGCAGUUCCGAAAGGUCAGCAAAGAGAUGGAAGCCAAGGUCAUCAAAUGGUUUGACUACUUAUGGACUAAUAAGAAGACCGUAGAUGAACGAGAAGUCCUCAAGAACUUGCCAGCAAAGCUGAGGGCUGAGAUAGCCAUUAAUGUCCACUUGUCCACUCUGAAGAAAGUCCGCAUAUUCCAGGACUGUGAGGCUGGUCUGCUGGUGGAACUGGUACUGAAGCUUCGUCCUCAGGUCUUUAGUCCUGGAGAUUAUAUUUGCCGUAAGGGGGACAUUGGCAAGGAAAUGUACAUCAUCAAGGAGGGCAAGUUGGCAGUGGUAGCUGAUGAUGGUGUGACUCAGUAUGCCUUGCUCUCAGCUGGGAGCUGCUUUGGAGAGAUUAGCAUCCUUAACAUUAAGGGUAGCAAAAUGGGCAAUCGGCGCACUGCCAAUAUCCGUAGUCUGGGCUACUCAGAUCUCUUCUGCUUGUCCAAGGAUGAUCUUAUGGAGGCGGUGACUGAGUAUCCUGAUGCCAAGAAGGUUCUAGAGGAACGGGGUCGGGAGAUCCUGAUGAAGGAAGGCCUGCUGGAUGAGAAUGAAGUAGCAGCCAGCAUGGAGGUAGAUGUUCAGGAGAAGCUGGAGCAGCUGGAGACAAACAUGGAGACCUUGUACACUCGCUUUGCCCGCCUGCUGGCCGAGUACACUGGGGCCCAGCAGAAGCUCAAGCAGCGUAUCACAGUGCUGGAGACCAAGAUGAAACAGCACCAUGAGGAUGAUUACCUAUCAGAUGGGGUAAACACCCCUGAGCCCGCUGCUGGGGAGUAGCCAUAUGUACCUAUCCAGCCUUGCUUUAAGCCCGGGAGUUAGAAGUGCUGUAUAGAACUCCAAGCUUACAUACAUUAUCCUCAUGUCCCUCUAUACUCUCUCCAAAGCCUUGCAGAGGCUUACGGUUUUGGCUACAUCUUGGAGUCCCCCUCUGAGUCCAGCUAACAGCCAAGCUUGUGGACAGUGCAGAUCAUGUGGGCUGAAUUCCCAAGAGUUGGACUGCCUAAGUCUAAAAAGGAAUCAGGGAGGAGCUGAAUUGUCCUUGGUCAGGUUUUCUUGGGACCAGAAAUCUAGACAGUGUUCUCUGAAGAACAGUGUGCGCCAUGAUGCCUGACGCCUCCUUUUGGCUUCUUUAUGUCUAAGCACUCCCUCCUGCUUUCUGCCCCCAACGCCUUUCUAGCAUGGGUUCU